UUUAUCAUCGGCCCAAUUAAUAAAUUAUUAUUAAAUGACUCCGAUAGUUUAUUCUGUUGUUUACCAACAUACAGAUAAAGUAAUAAGAUAAAUAUUUUUUGUAUACGUGGAAUAAUAUUUUAUGUGAGUGCAGUAUCAUUAUAUAUUUGGUUUUACAAUCGGCGUACCAAUGGCAUCGUCUACACCAAAGCAAGUGAACGAUACGAGCAACGGCCCCUCGGGAAAGCGAAAGAAAUCUCGACGUAGCAAAGGGUCCUAUUUGUCUAAAUGGUUAGACAAGACUAUGCAACAUGUUCAGGAGACGACCACAACAGUGGAUGCUUACGAAUCAUACGUGAAUCCAAAUUUGAACUGGCCGACUAACUCGCAAUUCUCCCCUGGUUACGAGCAUUGCAGGUACAAUAUUUAUGGUUGUGCUGAGCCAAUGUCGCUUCCUACACUGCCCACGUUCUAUAAUCCGCCGAUACCUCCUUUCUAUAACCCUGAAUACAGGUAUAGACAAGGUGUAAACAAAAAUAUUCCAAUCCAAAGGCCAAGAAUACAUCGGCGUAGUGAUGCUGCAGCUGAAGAAUUGCAGAGUAUCCCUAAUAGUACACUGAAUAGUACCAAUUACUUGCAACCAAAGAAUUUUACUGAUAAUCAAGAUUUCGCGAGCUUGCCGCCGAUCGUUACGUCAGUUGGUGACACAAAUUCCAACAGUGACAUGCAUACUAAUGAUAAGGACGAUGGCAGUAAUGCCCGGAGGUAUAGUGAUCCAUGUGUACGAGGUUUACCAGAUGUAGCACGGCCAGCAAAUGGUGAGGUGGAGUCUGAUUCUGAAUCCAGUACGAGUAUCUCAGAAUGUCAGAUUGGUAACCGUUUAUUGAGCCAUUUACUCGACCAAAUAACAUCAUUAAAAAUGGCAAAUGAGAGACUGAGUAAAGACUUACUAGACACUAAAGCUGAAUUGGAAAACAUUAGACAACAUAAUGUCAUACUGCAGAAGGGUUCGUCUUCGAAAAUUGGUGCCAGCCCGAGCCACGCACCACUCACAGAUAAUGGUCUUCUAAGCUCACAGUACUCCCCUGGUUUCCUCACGGAUUUGGUGCGUGAGAUUCGUGAUGCAGCGCGCAUCCGAGAAGAGGCUCUGUACUCCAGGGUACGAGCUAUGGUACUCGAGAGGACAGAGAAUGGAAUGGCGUCAGCUGAAGCAAAAUUUCAUGAGAAAUCUCUUGAAGAGGUCAAGAAUUCUUUGCGUACCUACGAAGCUGACAAGCGCCACAUGAUGGAUCGAAUCGUUAAGCUGGAGGAGGAAUUGCGUACUCUAAGAACGACCAAUGGGUUAGAACAUAACGAAACGAAAAUGAUGAAUGGCAAUGUUGAAGACGUAGAAGCUGAACGACUGCGUCUGCGCAAGGAAGUCGCAGAUAUGCGAAAGGCUAAACAGAAUGCCGAAGAACACGCGCUCAAGUAAAAAUUAAUAAAUAAUAAUUGAAAUGACAAGAGAUCCAAUUGUACUAAUAUUUAUUUCUGACAAUCAAGACCAUCAAAUUCCAUUAAAAUUUAGACUAACAAAUUCUUUAUAACAAUUCUGGUAAUCUGAAGAUAACAUAUCUUAAUUUUAUAUAACUACUAUUUUAUUCCUAAUUAUAUUAUAUUUAUAGUUGUGAAUAAUUUAUUGUUAUACACAAUAUAUAAUUUUCAAUGAACAAAAUUAAGAAGUCAUAUUGAGGACAUAGGAGCAAUUCUUUUCUCCGCCUUUAUUUAAUGUGUUAUGUACAUUAUAAUGAUUACUAUUAGGAAUAAUUUGAAAUGAUUCUAAUUUAAAUUUGUCCUAAAUUAUUUUGCUCAUGAUUGUGAUGUGAAUUUGUCUUUAUUAGAACAAUGUCGAAUUUAUAAUUAAAUAAUAAUUCGUUUAUAAUUAUUUAAAUGUGUGUGUUCAAAGAAAGUUUGAAAAUUUGUGUUGUUUUGUAGUUUUAUGAUCCAAACGUUUUGGUAAUUGUAAAAAUAUGCAAAAGUGUUGAUUCAGAAUGUAGCAAAAAUAUAAUUACAUAUUUCUGUAUUUAUUAUAGUCCCCUAAAAGAAUGUGUCAAAGGGGUCAUAUAAAAUAAAAAAUCAUUAAUUAUAUAUGUAAGAAAGUAAACUGAAUAAUUCUAUUUCUAUUAUUAUACAAGAUAUUAGGCGUAAAUGGUAUACCAAACUAAGUCAGAUUACUCUACUCUACUCUAGAAACUAACAAUUUUCGCCGAGACGCAAAGUGGAAAUCAGAAAAUUAAUGUUGAACAAUUUAUAAUAAGUAGAUCACGUGAUAUCGGUAUUUGUAUAAAGGUUCUUUUUUUAAGUUCCCGACUUGGUUUCUUUGAAAAAGUUUUUAGUUACAAUGAAUGCUGGUUUUCACUUGUAUUCGACUUGAUUCUGUAUUUAGUUUUUACAGUAACUACUAAUUUUUUUAUAUCAUAUAUUCCUUUAUUUUCGAUCUAUAAUAUCAACUAAACUGUAUUAAGAAUUAAAAUAACUCGAAUAGCAUCAUUUUCUUAUUUUAUUAUAAACAAAAACGAUGUAUCAAAUAUGUUUAUGGGACUUAAUUAAAAACUUUAAUUAUAAAUGACAAAGCUCAGUUUUGUUUAAUAAAAAAUCGUUGAGAAUAAUAGCCUACUUCGAAAGUGAGAGUUUUUUUUUAUUCUAUAUAUAUGGUAUAGUUAUCAAAGAUUUAAUUUUGAAUUAACAUGAUUUAUUUGAUAGAUACUGAUCACUCUCUCUUUACUAACCACCGAUCACACUUAGAAUAGACUGAUUUUUUACUAAUUUAUUGACUUACAAUUAAGUAACAUACCAAAUUAGAGAUUAUAAUUAUAUCAAUACAAUAUUUCAUAAGUACUGAUACAAUUUAUCUGUUGUAUUAAAUUAUUUUUUGACAUUACCCGUGGCUCAUGUAUGACCCACUGCAAACACCUAUGAUUUUUUUAAUCAAUUUACGCAAUAAUAAAAAUAUUAUUU